AGUGAGGCUUUAUUUUGUUUGCAUAAAGCCCAGGCCUUGUAGGAUAUUCAUCCUUUUACUAGUACGACGAGUACGCGGCACUUGCUUUCCUCUGCAACUCAUUUUGGCGGCUUUCGUGGUCGGAAAAUGCGUUUCUUCGCCGGAAAACGCCAUUUUUGGCAGGAACGUGCUUGAUGUUCGGUGAAAUUGCGACUGUGGUCUUGCAUUUUCGUGUUCGAUGUUCUCCACACCUUCUGCAACUUCUCUUCGCUUUUCUGCAACUAUCAGCCUUGGAAUGUGGAGGUUUUCAUGGCGGUAAAAUGUAGAAGCCUUCUUAAAGACAAGUCUUGGACCAUUCAGAUCCCUAAUGCACUUGGUUUCAAUGGAGAUGAGCCGUUGGAUUUAAAUGGCAGAUUUUUAACUCAUAGUUUUAGGCAAAGGACCCAAGAUGGCGUGGGAUUUGACAGCACACCAGAUGCUUGCAGCCUUAUUUCCCAACCUCUCUGGGAUUUUGACUCAUCCUCUUAAAUGCCUUAAGACGUCUCUCUGUAACUGUCUUUCCCCAUUGCUUUUUUAUUUCUUUAUCUACCUACCUGAAAUUAGGCCAGACCCAAGUUCUUUUCUGCCACUUUGACCCCUUUUGGGUCGACUUUCAGAGCUUUUAAAAGCUUGAAACGUUGUCAUUUGUUCUCAAGUUCAUAGCUUCUGCAUAUCUCUCCCAGCAAUGCCACAACAAGAACCAUGGCAUCAUUCUCUCUUAUCAUUUUUUGCUUCUACUUCUCAUUGCCUUCCAUUUUUGAUGGUUUUGUUUCUGGAAUUUCCCUUGGGUCAAGCCUCGCUGUCAAUGCAAAUAAUUUCUGGGUUUCUUCUCCGAAGGGAAGUUUUGCUUUUGGGUUCUUCAAUAGAUCAGACGAGGAGCCUAAUCAAUAUGGUCUGGGAAUUAGAUACAAUUCACUGUUGAUCCCAACCAGUGCGCAGAGAGUGGUUUGGUCAGCUGGUGGUGAUGUUAUAGUGGGUCCUCAAGCUUCUCUGCAACUCACAAUGGAAGGGGACCUAGUCCUCCUCGACCCACCUAAAAGCCUCCCUGCUUGGACAAGCAAUACAAGCAAGUUAUCAGUCUCUCAAGCUUCACUUCUCGAUAAUGGAAACCUCAUACUAUUGGAUUCAAAUAACAAGAUGGUUUGGCAAAGCUUUGAGACCCCUUCUGAUACUGUUCUUCCAGGUCAGAACCUCACGGCCCAAACUCUCAGAGCUGCUACUCGUGACACAGUUUCGAGCUACUACAGUUUGGCCCUGGAUGAUACAGGCCAGUUAGAGCUGAAAUGGGAAACAAGUAUAAAUUAUUGGAGAAGUGGUACUGCUUCUUUGGGUGCGAUUGGGCUUAUGAUUGGGUCCAAUGGUGCUCUGCAACUCUAUGACAAGGAGUUCAGGCCUGUUUGGUUGAGGUUUGGUGAGGACCAUGACGACCCUUCUGUGGGUUUCAGGCACUUGAGGCUUGAUAUGGAUGGGAACCUUAGAAUGUAUUCAUGGGUCAAGGAGAUAGGGUCUUGGCGUGAAGUUUGGCGAGCCAUUGAGAACCGGUGUGAGGUCUUUGCUACUUGUGGGCAACAGGGGUUGUGUGUUCUUACGCCAACAGGAGAAGCACUAUGCCGAUGCCCCUUCAAGUCCUCUGAGAUAUCCAAUUCCUCUGAAAAUAUUAAGUGUUUGGCCCCUUACCAACAGUGCAGCUCUGGUACUACAUUGACAGCCCUAAAGCACACAGUUUUGUAUAGUUUGUACCCUCCCCACGAUGCUGUGAACUACUUGAGCCUGAGCCAAUGUAGAGAUUCAUGUUUAAGCGACGAGACGUGCACAGCUGUUACAGUAAUGGCGGAUGGGAGUGGAGAGUGUAGAAUGAAGACAACAAGGUUUGUUACAGGGUAUAAGCAUGCUUCAGUGCCUUCAAUCUCUUAUGUGAAGGAUUGCUUAGAUCCAAUGGCUCUUAAUCCGGGAAUUAUUAUAUCACAAACUCCAUCAGUUGAACCUUCUUCGCCAAAAAGAAGACAUGGGUUUUGCUUGCCAUGCCUCCUUGGAGCUGCUUGUGGUACACUUUUGGCCUUCUUUGUGAUCCAAAUUGGUGUAUGCUACUGUUUUCUCCGUCAUCGGAGAAGAAAGGAGAAAAUUCACAUGGAGAGAAGGGCCAUGGCUAUAUCCAGAGGACCCAUAAGGCUAACUUACCUGGAGAUCAAGGAUUUAACCAAGGAUUUUAGUGAGAAGCUGGGGUCCGCAGUUUACAAGGGAGUGCUCCCAGGAAACAGACUGGUUGCCAUCAAGGAGUUAGAGAGGGAUGUGCCUGAAAAACAAUUCAGGAGUGUGCUUUCUAUGGUCGGUAGCAUACACCACAAGAACUUGGUGAAGCUGGAAGGCUACUGUUGUGACUCUGAACAUAGGUACAUGGUGUAUGAGUACAUGAAGAAUGGAUCGCUAGACUCAUUGCUUGUUGGGCCUAGGAAGAAGAGACGCCUUAGCUGGAGACGGAGGGCAGAGAUAUGGACAGGGGUGAGCCGAGGCCUGGCCUACCUUCAUGGCGAAUGUCACCGUUUCAUAGGACAUGGUUCCUUAAAGCUCGAGAAUAUUCUUCUCGAUCAAGACCUUGUGCCUCACUUAACCCACUUUGCAUUGCCUGAUCGCCAAGCUCCAAGAGCUGAAAUCGAUGUGCUUGCCUUUGGUAAACUUCUUCUUGAAAUGGUUACUGGUCAAGUGGCUGGUCCUACCCUUUGCGCAUGGGCCUAUGAGGAGUGGGCUCAAGGCCGGGUUCAAGGGGUACUGGAUGCUGACCUCGAUGGGUCCAAGGUGGCGUGGGGUGAGGUUGAGAGGGUGCUAAGGGUGGCCUUUUGGUGCUUGCAGGCUCGAGCUGGGCUCAGACCAUCAAUUGCCGAGGUGGUCAAAGUGCUUGAAGGAUUGUUAACUGUGGACCCACCCCCCUUUCCCUUUAAUGGAGACCACCCAUUAACAGAAAAUGAAGGGGAAUCACCGGAAAAUGGUGGUAUUGGUCAUGUUUGGUCAGAAUCCUGUGAGUUGGGUUUGCCAGAAAAUGGUAUUGGUGGUGGGUAUGGUGGAGAGGGAUUGGGGGAUGACACCAUGCUGGAAAAUGUUGGGGAAUCACCAAAAAAUGAUGGAGAUGGACCUACAUGGCCAGAUUCCGGUGAGUUGAGGCCGCAUUUUGAGACAUAGUCUUUGAUACCCAUUCCUGGGAAAUGGCAGAAAUACGUUUCCAUUGCAGGUUAUUGAUGGAGCCCCUCCAUGGCAGGGUUCUUACUGAUAAUUUGAUAGUUUCAGGAGUAAGUUAGGCGUUUUGGAAAAUGGAGCAUUGAGGGGCCCAAUUUCUAGAUAAUGCAAUUGGAAUCGGAUGAGAGAGAGAGGCCUUUUUUUCAGGCAAAUGGAUCGCUUCAGAAGUGUUUUAACUGUUUGUUAUGAAAGGGGUUAAUGGAGGUUUGGCUGCAUUCUAGCCCUGUUGCUUCUUCAUUUUUUUAAUCGGAGUCUACAUUCUUUAAUGCAUCAUUCUUUUCAUUAAACUCAAAAGUGGGGUUGGAGUUACAUGAAUAUUUAUUUGGGGGAGAUGCAAAAGCUUGCUACUAAAUUAUGCUUUGCACGCACAUGGAAUGUGCGCGACCAUCCCAA